AUGACUGGCGAGAGCUUCAUUUCCAAUCCCAAUUUCGCGAACGAGACGUCCAAUGCGUAUUUCGAACACGCGUCUGGCGUCCGGGUGGAUACUAAUGCUGUUCUGAUCGAAGCCAUUCGUCGCGAGUACCCUCAGCUGCACUUGACUGUGAUACCCGCGUUUGAGGCCAAUCUCAUUCAGUUCGCUGCUUCUGGAAAUGCUGCACUGGCUCCAAUCGAUAAGGAAAACGAUCGACUAUACAUCAAGAACUUCGCCCCACCAACCAGACGCCUAGAUGGCGAUAAUGGCCGUCUCGUAGACGAGAUCAAGUUUGGCAAGUUUAUGAUAGACUGGGAUGGCAAGGAGUACGUCGUCUACAUCGCUGAUGGCCGCGAUGGUCAAGAGGCCUACCCGCAAGUCCGAAAUCAAUAUAUCCUGUCGUCCUCGGUACAAGCAACCGAAAAGCUUUUACUAGAAGCAGGCCGAUUCACCAAUUCAAUAGAAGGCACGGUGCUCGUCUUCGACCAAGGAUACUGGCAGAAGAGUCGUGAGUUGUGGGAAAGUAUCCAGUCGGCAGAGUGGAGCAAUGUUAUCCUCGACGAAGAUAUGAAACACGAUUUGAUCAAAGACGUGGAAAACUUCUUCAACAGCAGGGAGACUUACCAGAAGCUGAAGGUACCUUGGAAGAGAGGCGUCAUCUACUAUGGCCCCCCUGGUAAUGGCAAGACCAUUAGUAUCAAAGCUUUGAUGCAUUCGCUCUACAAGCGCAAGGACCCGGUCCCUACUCUCUACGUCAAAACACUCGCAAGUUAUGGUGGACCUGAGGCCUCGCUCGCCAGGAUAUUCGCUGAAGCCCGCCGUUAUGCUCCAUGUUAUCUCAUCUUUGAGGAUCUCGACACUAUCAUUACCGAGCAGACUCGCAGUUACUUUUUGAACGAGGUCGAUGGUCUACGGUCGAACGAUGGUAUCUUCAUGGUCGGAUCGACGAACCACAUCGAUCGCCUUGACCCUGGUAUCUCUAAACGACCCUCUCGCUUCGAUCGCAAAUACCUCUUCCCCAACCCAAACCACGAGCAGCGUGUCAAGUAUGCACACUUCUGGCAAGCCAAAUUGAAGGACAACAAGGACAUCGAUUUUCCGGACAAGCUCUGCGAGGCAGUAUCUUCCAUCACAGAUGGCUUCUCCUUCGCAUACAUGCAGGAAGCCUUUGUAGCGUCUCUGCUGGCUCUUGCGAUCAAUGAUAAGGAAGAAGUACACCAUGGUAUUGACCUAGACAAGCUUCCUUUGUGGCAACAGCUCAAGAAGCAGAUCAAGAUUCUCAGGGACGAGCUCCACCAAGACCCAGGAGAGGUCAUGGCAGCACUCAAGAUCUAG